ACCUAUAAUUGAUCAUGCACUCAGUACCGUUUAGUACCGUGUUUCAUUCUUUAAUAUUGUGCUCAUCAACUGACAGGAUAUGUUAUAAGAAAGAGACAGAGGUACAGUCGUUACAGUUAUACUAGGCGAUGCUGUCACGUAUGGCCAUGUAUAUCGUGGGUGUUUAUAAAGGAAUGUAGUGGAGUUUGUAGGUGGAGGACGUUUCAUGGUUGCGUUAUGUAAAUUACAAUGAAAAAGUGAAGUAACUUACAUAAUUGCAGAACAUAACUAGAAUGGACCCCUCAUUUACACAUCACAAUGGUAAGAGCAACAGGGAUAUUGACUGGGCAAGGUUUGGUCUUGGGAACCGAGACACGAGUUCACAGCAGCAGCAACCCAAUGGUAGCCACAGAACAGACAGAGUGCCAGGAGCAACUGAUUUUGGCAGCGAGUAUCAUUAUGGCCCAGGUGGUCACCAGGCUUCAGAAGUCAAUGAACUGUUUGCAGAAGAACAGGGAGACAAACCAUGGUGGAAAUCACAGUUCUUCAUAUCAGAGCCAGUACUCUUUGGAACAUGGGAUGGUGUCUUUACUUCAUGUCUGAUAAAUAUAUUUGGUGUAAUUGUGUUCCUGCGUUCAGGCUGGGUAGUGGGUCAAGCAGGUGUCCUAAAUGCAAUACUUAUUGUAUUCGCUACAGUGUCUGUGGCACUUGUAUCAGUAUUAUCUGCUGUCGGCAUCUGCGAGCGAUGUCGGAUGGAAAGUGGUGGUGUGUACUUCUUAGUAUCUUACGUUCUGGGUUCAAAAUUUGGAGGAGCUCUGGGACUGCUCUACGUUUUUGGACAGGCUGUUGGCUGUGCUCUCUAUGUGCUGGGAUUUGGAGAAUCUAUGGCUGGGUUAGUUGGCUUAAAGUCACCAUGGGCUGAACGAGGUUUUGCCAGUGCUGCAGUGCUGUUGCUUGGCAUGAUCAAUGUUGCAGGGGUCAAAUGGGUCGUAAAGCUGCAAUUUGUAUUGUUGCUUAUUCUUCUUCUGGCUGGUGUGGACUUUGCUGUUGGCAGUUUCAUCCACACAGAUAUAGCGAAUGGUUUCUCAGGAUGGAUGUCAGAAAACCUUGCUAACAAUACAUUCCCUGAUUUUCAAGAAGACAACAACUGGUUCACUGUAUUUGGAGUAUUCUUUCCAACUGUGACUGGUAUCAUGGCUGGCAUCAAUAUGAGUGGUGACCUCCGACACCCCUCUAGAGACAUUCCCAAUGGUACUCUGGCAGCCAUUGGUACAGGAACUUUCCUGUACCUAGUCUUUGUACUUGUUCUUGGUUCUACGUGUGAACGUACUGCACUUCUGACUGACUACAUGAUAGCUGCCAAGGUGUCUGCAGUUCGCUUCCUUCUCCUGGCUGGUCUGUAUGUCUCCUCGAUGUCCAGCUGUCUGGCUGCAAUGUAUGGGACUCCUCGUGUCCUGCAGUCCAUUGCCAAUGAGAAUGUUAUCCCAGUCAUUCAGAUUCUAGGCAGAGGGCAUGGACCUAACAAGGUUCCUGUACAUGCCAUGGCUGUAGUUGCAACAGUGACACUGACAUUCAUUCUUGUCGGCAAGAUCAACACAUUGGCUCCAGUUGUGACUAUGCCUUUUCUACUUACAUAUGCUGCUAUAGAUUAUUCAUACUUUGCACUGGCACAAACAUUUGACAUCCGGUUGAGAAGAGAGGAACGAUUUAGGGCACAGGAUUUCCAGAGCCCGACAUUUGACACGAGUCCUCAUGGUGGUUAUGGAGCUGUGAGGCAUAACCACUCAGAGGCAGUGGACAAAUUUGGCAGUGACCUUGACAAGCUCUUCCCUGAAAGAACUCAUCAUAAAAAACACAGUGGAGCACACAGUUCUGGGACAUCGAGUCUAGUGUCUUCGCCAGAAGAACAUUCAAGUAUCUGGAGUGGAGAAGAAGAGGGUGCAAAGAAUCAGCCUGCAAGAGACACACACAUACACUCUAAGCAAAAUAACUGGUACUCAGGAUUGUGCAACCGUUGGUUUUCCCUUUUUGGGGCCCUUGUGAAGCUGUUCAUCAUGUUCUCAGUCCACUGGGGCUAUGCCCUGGCUAAUCUUGCUAUGGUGUUUGUGGUGUGGUUCUACGUUGGACAUGCAAACCCUGCCGUCAAACCUGGCGUAGCUUCUGAUUUCCGGUUCUUCACUUGGCUAAAAAACACCCUGCUUCGUCUAAUGGGUAAACGUGUGCAAGAAUAUGAACAGAUUGUGGUGACACCUAUUCAUCCAGGAGUAGAAGUAACAUCAGCUCAACAGAAUGAAGAAAAUGAAGAUUUUGCUUCCAGGAGAAGAUAUCAUCAGUCAUCAACAGUUCAAGGUCAUUUUGUCAAUGUGGAUGAAGACUAGAAACUAUGUCUGUCUCACUUCUUAAUGGAGUUGUAGCUUAAUGCUGGACCGCCAUGCACUAACUGAAACUUAUACUGGACACAUAUAAAGGAUUUCAACUCUGCAAGCUACAAAAUGCAGUCCACCUUCUGCUGAACCAUCUCCAUGACUACAGUGAUACAAAUGGCUGGCACAGGACUGUUGUUACCAGAGUAAACAAAAACUUGGAACUUUAAGCUACUGAAUGGCAAGAAUGGAUCCCAUGUAUAAUAAAUAUUUUUCCAUGCAUGAAUUUUUAUUUUUAUUUUUUUAAACCUGUUCCAGCACAAUUUACUUGUAAAAUUAAUUGACCAAUGCCACAAACCUUGAAGAGUAGUUAUUGGUUAUGAUACCAUAUUUGUCUGAAUACAAGGUGGUUUUGAAUCUUAAGGUGAUCUCCUAAAAUCAAAACUUAAAACAGGAUCUGGAAUAAGUUAGACCUUGUCCGUGCUCAAUAUUAACGUAGAUUUAUGAGAUUUGAGAUUCUCACUGCAGUGAAUGUUAAUGAGUAUGGUCUUGUUGGAUAUGUUGACAUGUAGUUUGGUACAUAGGUACCAACACUUUGAAGAAACAUAUCUCUUGGUUCCAGCACCUCAUACCAGGGACUAAUUUUAAUGUGUAGGUUUUCUGGUGUGUCUAGAACUGAAAGCCCAGAUAUGCCCAGCCUCCACUGAACAGCUUUGUGAUCAGUGGAAAGCACCAUUUGUCAGUAAUGACUGCAGUAAAUAUUAACAGAUUUGAUCAUUGUGUUGCCAGGCAACAGCUCUGUAAACACAGUCCAACAUGUAACAGUAGAGGAAGCUGUGUUUUCUGUAGAUCAGACCAGUGCACAAGUAGACUGGCUGGAAAGCGAACAUGUGAUAUUUGUUUACUGUACAUCAAUGUCUGUUCUGCGGCUAUACAAGUAAGAGUGACAGAAUUUGUUGAAGGCAGUUAUGAGUAGGAGUAGCAGCAGAAACAUGUGAACAAGUAAGCAGUAAGCUUGAGCAGUGCAGAAGAGUACAAGAAGUCAGCCUGUGAAGAUUUUAACAUGUGAUUUGAAGACUUUAUGUGCGCUGUAGUAGAGCGAUAUUGGGAAUAUGUGAUUUAGUGAGACUUUUAUAGUUUCUGUGUUAUAAAUCCAUGAAAACUAGUGCAGAUAGACUGAAGAGGGUAGCGUGGACAGCUCUGUAGUGUGCAAAUCAGUAACAGUGUUAUAAUCAGUUGUAGUUAUGACCUGUAAGUGGUCAGUAAAUCCAAUUACCAGUCCAAACCCCAUCUUUAGUCACUGUGACACUUGACAAUCCAAAACCUUCUAUGUCCACAGCAUGUAGCCUCUACUCAUAUAAAGCAUUUAAUAGAGUUCCAGCUCCAACAGACUAGUUAUACAGUAUUUUUUCUGAUGGGUGGCUGAACUAUCCCACACAGUAGUAACAGAUAUUAACAUAGACAUGCCUUCAAAGCGUGACAUUAUUUCCGUGUUUCCAACUUUUAACACAAAAAUAAUUGGGUAUAUUUAUGAUCUACGUCUAUACAUAAUCUUACAUGCCUACCAGGAAUCAUUCAGUGGCCAUCACCAAUGAGUACAAGGUCAGUGUGGUCAUCCUGGCUUUAGUGUAUAUUUUACAGAGCAGCUCAAACUUCAGUUUUUCCAGUAUGACCAUCAUACAGAUUUUCAGAGCUCUAUUUAAAUGGCACAAGUGUGAGUUCCACUUCAGUUCGCUGGAUAUUAUUGGUGGUAUGAAAUGAGAAAGUAUUUAAAUGGCACAAGUGUGAUUCCCACUUAAGUUUGCUGGAUAUUAUUGGUGGUAUAAAUUGAAGAAAGUAUGAAAAUGGCAUGAAGUUUAUACCAAACUUUGUGAAAAUUAAUUUCUUUGUUCAGAACCUACUUGAAGGGACUCGCAACACACACAGAUGUGAUGAUGAUAUAGUAAGCUGAAUUUAUUCUCAUCAAACAAACAAAGGCUAAGAAGGGAAAUAAAGAAAACACUUUUUGGAUAAGGUGAUUUCAGUGAACACAAGUGCCUUCCUAUAGGAGGGCUGAGAGAGAUGGAUGCAGUCUGUGUCACUCACCAGAGUGUUUCCCUCAUGACAGAAGUGACUGGAAGGUGGAAGUGUGCAAGUUUUAUAUCAUGGAGAAUAAUUGUCCUAGUUAUUAACAAGUUUCUGUAUGGAAAUAAAAUUGUUUGGGGUUCAUGUGAAGCAUUGAUACCACACUGUAAAAAGGUAAGGUGAAGCUAUCCCUGUAACAGGCUGUGGAGGCCUGUAGGGUUGUGAGACGUCAAGGUUCCUACAUUUUCUAGA